CCAAACUGCUUCCGUUCGUCGUCGUUGUGAUACCGAAGCCGACUGGAGUGUCAUGGUUCAAACAGGGCGCACCACCAUUUCCCGUAAGUUGGCCAUCUACCUAUGAAGCAAAGGCUAGCGCUAGUCAUUCGGCUUCCGUGUCUGUUGGCAAUGAACGCAGCGCUGACGCUUUGGUUCCUGACUCCUGGCUCCACGACUUUGUGGGGAGCAAGGCUGCCCACAGCAGCAGACGACGGGCAGCCGGCACGGUAUGGCCAAGCCCAGCGGUGGAGACAACUUUGGCCGCCCCCACAACUGCAGGUUCUAUGCGGGCUUCUGAUGAGCAUGGAGGUGGAAUAGUUAAAACCCCACGUACCAAGGCUCGCCGGAAGCGCGCCAAAGUAUCCACCAAGGUGAAUGCAAUAGAACAGCAUGGGCGCCUGCAAGAGGCCUCUGAUGCGACCUCGGAUGGCACUGAGAUGUCAGUGCCAGAUCAGAAUGGAGUGCUAGUCCCCCCUGAACUCUGUAUGUCUGGGGACAUUCGUCUGCAUCCUUUUGUGCGGUUACCUGUGGUAAAUCCAAAACAUAUCCGCAGAAGCUUCCGGGAGAAGUUUGCACUAUUACCCCGCUUGGGGAAGUCUAUUCCUAUUAUGGAGUCGUACACGACAAUGCGGAGUUUGUUUGCCAAGGAGUUGCUGACGGCUAUCGAUGUGGAGAUACUCAUGACCGAAGCGGAAAUACUGGCGAACUACGCAACAAGCAAACUGUCAGCGACACCAAAGAGGCGCACAGCACACUACCUUGUUGUGAAGCUAUCGGCUAUGGUUUUGGCAUUUGACUACCUUGUAUGCACAAUUCAGCUUCUAGGGGACAAGAUGAAUACUGCCAAGUGGUGGCCUCAGUUUGUGCAGAAGUUCCGCACAGAGUAUUCACUUCGUGAAAAGGGGAUAAUGGAAAAAACGGAGUUUCUCAACAAGAUAGUAAAUCGACUAAGCAGGAAUUGUUUGCCAAGGACUCGCUGA